GCAAAAUUAACCAAAAUGUCGGAUUUAAAUGACGACUUGAUCAACUAUGAGCUGGCAGAAGGCGAGGACCCGGCGGCCCUACUGAAUGAGGAGGAUCUGCUGCUCGGAUCGGACGAUGAGAGCGGCAUCAAGCUAGAGCAGCACGAGGAGGAGUUCCUGCUCAACGAAUCGGAGGACUGGGUCGCCAAGCAGCUGGCCGCCAAGGAGAAGGAAGCGGCUCUGCGUCUGAAGAAAAGAUCUGCGUCCGGAUCGGAAGCCACCACGGAGACAGCAGCCAGGAAGCAUGCCGGCCAGGCAAACAAUGCAAAACGGAUGCCACCAUCGGCGCAGCGCAGUGGCACACCGAAAGAGGAAACGCUUUCCAUGCAGGAAGUAAAGAAAGAAAUUGUAAAAAUCGAAACUGCACCACCAGUACCGCAGGAAGCACCCAGGCAGGAACCGAUAGCCGAAGUAAAGGACGAAACCCCCUCCAGUCAGGAGACGAUCAUGCCUGUCUCGACGGAGUCCGAAUCCGGACGGGACACGACAACGGAAAUAUCUUCCGUUUCUGAAUCAUCGCUGGUUCCGGAGUCGGCAUCCGGAACAUCCCUGUUCACGGAAACGUCCGUAUCGCAAACGGAUUUGGGUAGUUUGUCUGCCCAGGAAUCAAGCCGUACGGAAGAGGAAACGGAAGCCGUCUCUUCUCAGGCAUCCACAGUGUCGGAUGUCGCAACAUCAAAAAAUUCUGUCGAUGAGAAAGCUAAAUCUUUGGGCCAGCUCUGCGAUACCACCUCAACGGAGGAUGUGUUGGAUUUGUACGUUACUAACCAGGACCGGGAGCCGGACUUUUCGUACGAUACGGAUGAGUCGACGGAGAAACGUGACUGGAAGCAUGAAGGUGGCAACAAAGCAUCCUCCACAUCCCAACAUCAACAGCAGCAUCAGCAAUCCCAUCGGCCGCAGCAUUCCAAUCGGCCCAACAACUUCAAACAUUCCGGCGAUUCCGGAGGAUCUUCUUCGGGGGAACAGCACUUUCCGCCCCUUGGAAUGCCACCACAAAUGGGUGGCCCAGGUUUCGGCCCGGGACCAUUCCGAGGAGGUAUGCGACCUCGGUUUCCACCGCGCCCAGGUUUCCCCGGUGACAUGAACAACUUCCGCAAUAAUCGCAUGAAUUUCCCCAUGGGCGGACGAAUACCGUUCCCUCCACGAGGACCUCCGUUUGACCCUAUGAUGCGACCGGGAAUGAUGCGCCCCGGUGAUCGUCCGCCGUUCGAUCCUAUGCGAGGUGGACCCCGGAUGGGACCUGGCGGACCAAUGUUCCGACCGAAUGGUCCCGGAGGACCACCACCCGGUGGUCCUCCCUUCGGGCCGAUGGGUGGACCAGGCGGAGGCCCAGCAAUGCCUCCAGGAGGUCCUCCAGGUCAAAUGGCAGCAAUGCCACCCCUCCCAGCACCGUUGCUUAAUUUCGAUAGUGGUCCAUUGCCGGUAGCCACCACUGUACCGGCACUCCCCGCAGCUCCAGUCCUACCCCGAAAAGUGCUGAUCAAUCCUAACUUUAAGGGAGGCGUCGAAGCGGCGACCAACCAACUGAUGCGCGAAGCGCUCAGCAGCCAGCAGUUCCUGGCCAACAUCAACAGCCGCCCGGUCAGUGACGAAGAGCUGCUCCGCCAGCAGGAGGAUUUCAUCAACAAAAACCGCAUCGAAGUCGAGAAGCGUCGCUUGGAGCGGUCUCCUUCCAGGGAGAGGGAACGGGAGCGAGAUCGCGACCGCGAGCGGGAACGCGAACGUGACCGGGACCGAGAGCGAGAACGCGAAAGAGACCGAGAGCGUGAAAGGGAACGUGGCCGGUCUAGGGAGCGGGAGCGUGAGCGCGAUCGGGAUAAAGAUCGUGACAGGGAACAUCGCGAACGUUCGCCACGGGAACGAUCGAGGUCUCCACGGCGGCACCGAGCUGGCAGCCGGGACAGAGAUGCUGCCAACAGGCCACCACGAAGGAAUUUCCCUUCGCGGAGACACGGUAGCCGUGACCGGGACGAUGACAGUCGGUACCCGAAGAGGCGAAAGAGUGGAGACUAUGGCGAGAAUCAGAGGAAUAACAACGAUAGAAAGGACGACGAUGAAGACCCGGAGAUACGAGCGUAUCGAAUGGAGAUCGAGAAACAGAAAGCCGCUCGGGAGAAGAUUCUCAGGGAUAAGGAGAUGCGUCGGAAGCAAGCGGCGGAGGAGAACAAAAAGCCGCCGAGAGCUUCGGAUCGAAAAUCCGAGGAACCUCCGGCCAAGUACACUCCGAUCGUGGUCACCGAAAAGAAGAUCAUUUCUCUCAAAAAGAAAGCCGAAGCGGACGGCAAAUCGGCCUCGGAUCGCCAUUCAUCCUCCAACAAUGCAUCGUCGUCGUCGUCGUCGUCAUCGCGAAAGACCUUACUGCCAGUGGAGUCCUCCAAGAAGCCAUCAUCAUCAUCCACCCCGACAGUAUCUUCAUCCGACUAUGAGUCGAAAAAGCAACCUUCUGCACCUCCGGCUCCUAUCAUCUCUGGUGCCCCUUCGUCUCCGGGAUCUCCCAAACGCAAAGUCAUCGACAAUCGUGACGAGUUGGACCUGUUUCUGGACGAGUACGAGGAGGAGCUGCUUCGGGAACCGUCCCCCUCUCCUCCCCGGGAGAGACAUCCCCCUCCAGUUACCAGCAGCAGCAGCAGCAGUCACCGAGAUAGUGGUCGUGAUGGUCGUGAUGGCCGUGAAGGUCGUGAUGGUCGUGAUGGCCGUGAUGGCCGUGAUGGCCGCGAUGACAGGAGUGGAUUCAGCAGUUCUGGUAGCCGGCGAAUCGUGCUGAAACCGGUUUCCGGUUUGGAUUCUCGCCAGAGCGAAAAAGACAAAGCACCGCCGGCGAAGAAGUCCAGAGUAUUUGAUAGGCUAGAUAAGCGGAUAGGAGUCAAUGAUGCGGACAAACGCAAACUGCAAAGGUUAGUCAAGGACAAUUGAGACACAGCUCGAAGGGAGGAGGGAUUCAAAUAACCGUUCUUGCGUGCACGUGUGGCGAGAGCUUGAUCUUUUAUUCUAUUAGACUUGUUUGUGUGUAUCCUUGUGUUCCGUUCCAAGAUUGUUCUUCGGUGUAACUAAUUGUUCAGUCAAGAGCAAACUGUUGUCAACAAAGUGUGACCGCUAGAGUAUGUUACGUUCUAGGAUUAGGAUUUUACCGACACAACCACAAUCUUCUAGCAGUAGCAAUCCUUUAAACUAAUUUGCUAAAUCGUUUGCCGGCCGAGUUCGUUUCGAUACUAAAAGGAAACCUCGUCCAACUAUAAUCAUAUACUGGAAGGCUUAGUCAUCUUAAGUUUUACAGUGUUGGAUCCCACUAGGCCUGAUAGCUACCCUAGGAAAAGAAAACCUAGUUCAACGAAUCAAGUUUCACAAACCACACGCUUAGCUCCCCUCCUUAACUACUACUAUUAACUACCGUUUAUUAUAAGUAAGUCUAUGGUGUAACGAAAGUAAGCAAAAACUGUGAGAAGUUAGUCUUUAGGCAUUAACAAAUUUUCAAUUAAGAUUGCAAAACAAAAAGUAAUCAUGCUGACAAAGUUUAGUAACUGUGACGCGAGAGUACAUAAAUAUUGCGCAUACCAACACAA